GUGUUUUACGAUACUCGACACCGUACCAAUGAUCAUUUUGAAUGGUAUAAUACUGGUGAUAUAUCGCGUUUGAAUGCGAGAACGUCCAUGGAGUGCGAAAACGAUCCACCAUUAUUCGAGCGUAAUUAUUCAAUCGCUUUGCAGCGAACACUUCAAGAAUAUUCAUCUGCCUAUAAUCUAGCGCACCCGUAUGUGUGCCUUGUGAUUUGCCCGUUGGGUAUACUCGCGAAUAUCGUGCAUAUAAUGGUGCUGACACGAGCCAGAAUGCGACGAUGUGCUGUCAAUUGCGUUCUGAUCGUGAUUGCAGUGUGCGAUGUGAUCACAAUGGCAUCCUAUUUGAUGUACAUUAUCCGAUUCGAGAUCACGGCUCGUGCAGCCAGUCAUCCUGGUGUAAGUUACACAUGGGUUGUUCUGUUGAAAUUACAUGCCGUUGGAAGUAUUGCUUUGCACGCAACAACACUAUACCUUUGCGUUACAAUGGCUUACAUAAGGUGGAAUGCAAUGGAAAAAACACAAUCCAAAUGGUUACAUCCGAAGACAUCUUGGUAUGUUGCAUCAGUGAUAACGAUCAGCGUUUCGGUGAUCUGCGUUCCCACUUAUUUGGUUCAUGAAAUAAAAGAAGUUUGGAAAUCGAAUGGUCAGCUGUUCUACACGAUCGAUAUAUCGCAAUGGGCAAUUCGGGAUAGCUGUAGAUAUUUUAAAGCAAACUUAUGGAUACUGGGAAUAGCGCUAAAGGCAAUUCCGUGUUUUCUUCUGCUGUGGUUCACAACACUGUUGAUGUUACGGCUGAAACGGAACAAUGCUAGACGUGAAAUGCUCCUCUAUAAUAAUAAUGUCCUAACAUCGGCAAUCGCUCGUAAAAAACGGCAGAACUACGAUCGUACAACAUUGACACUCAUCGUUAUGCUGACAGUUUUCUUGUUGACUGAGUUACCGCAAGGCAUAUUGGCCAUGCUGAACGCGAUCUACACAAAUGAUGUGCAUUCAAUAUUGUAUAUGAAUCUGGCGAAUGUUCUCGACGUUUUGUCACUUAUCAAUUGUUAUGUUGGCUUUAUGGCUUAUUGUUUCCUAUGCUCAAAGUAUCGACAAACGUUUCUAAUGAUGAUCGUGACGACAAGUGAGAAGGCGAAUACUUUUACAAUGGUAUUCGAUAGAUCUGGUGUUUAUUCGAAUCGUUAUAAUUAUGCGGCUGUUGGCAAAUAG